CGGUACCCCACUCUGCAGCGAUAUACGAUAUAAUAUUAAUUUAUACCGGCACAUCAUCGUAAUAUCGCGUAUAUAAUACGUACUUAUCGCGAUAUUAUCAUACACUCAUAGCCGUGCGCUGCAGCGGUAAACCGAAAACCAAAAACCCUUUCAUAGGCCGUAUGUCUAAUAAUAAUAAUAAUAAUAUUAUUAUUAUUUACGACGAGCUUAAUUAUUAUAACGAUCACUCACAGAAAUCCGUCCGUUCCAGUAACGAGUGUCAGGUCGUUGAUCGCAGCCCGCACUUCAGCAGACGAACGCAUUUACUUCAGCAGCAUCACUGAACAUGCCGAGCAACGGUGACCAGGCCAACAAUCCAUCGAUGGACGAAAAACGCAAUUUUGGAUCUUACGUAUCCCGCAGCAUGGUGAUGUACGAAGACGGCGGUGGAAGUAGAGGCGACUCGAGCUCAAGUGGAAACGGCGGCAGUGACUUAGACGACGACUACGAGAGUUGGUCCCCGGAUAGUCUCAGCAAAACUGGCGUCAACGGCUCUUUGUCGUCCGGCAGCGCCGACGAGGGCUGUUACAGCGGUUACGGCGAUAAAUCGUCGAGGACCCACAGUGGCAGCGGCAACAGCAGUAGCGGCGGCGGCGGAAGUAGCAGCAGUGGUGGCGGCGGCAGCAACAGCAAUAACGGCGGGAGUGGAAGCAGUGACAGCAGUGGCAGUGACGGCGGCGGAAGCGGCCACAGAGGCAAGUGGUUAUUAUCGUUGCGUACCGUCAUCGACCGGAUGGUCGGCAGCGAGCGCAAGAGCCGCAGCAAGAAGAGAGUCGUCAAGACCAUCCUCCGACCACCGACCACUUACAAGUACGUCAUCGGCAUGUCCGGGAUCCCGUCCAAGGUUCCCGUCUACCCAAAAAACUACAUGAUGUGAACUCGAUUUCCUGCCGCCGUUCUAUCGCUGUACCCGCAGCACCUUUGGAACCCUAUCGACAACCACUGCAUGAACCUUAUCGGCAAUCACUGCACACACGACCAUUGCGAUCACCUCCAAUCGUCACGUUUCCCGGCCGCCUUCACAGCCAACACCGUCUCUAUCAUUACCAUUUGUAUGAUCCCGUCCAUCCCGACCACGGUCAUCGGACGUCAAGCGCCAUUCUUCCCUAGGUAUCAUUUGAAAAUGCCGUCACGUCAUUCACGUCAUUGGUCAUUGGAACAACGCAACAGCAACACGCGGGAGUUAUUACCUAAAUAUUGGACGCAUUCAUAACUGUCUUGAUUUGAAACAAAAAGGUAUAAUAAUAGUAACAUUAUCGACUUAAAACGAUUUCGCUGAAUCUUAUAUGUAUAAAUUAGUAGAAAUGUGAUGGAUAAUCAAAAAAAAAAAAUUCCUAUAUACCAUAUAUAUAUAUAUAACAGACUGACUAUACCAAUACGCCUUACAGUUUAAAAUAUUUAUAUUGUAUCCACAUAAAAUUUUUGAGGCUCGGCGGACUCGAUAAAAAAUCGGUAGAAUUCAUGCAUGACCCGAAUCCCGAUAAAUUAGAAUUAGAUUUAUUAUUCAUAUGUAUAAUGUUUAAAAAUAGAUUUACUGAAUAGUACUCACUACCCAUUAGUGGUAUAUAUCCUAUCUAUACGUCGUACUUCGUACACUCGUGUGAUAUAAUUAUUUAAUUUAUAUAUUAAUAUUAUUUAUUGGAAUAUCAUCUUAUCUAUCCUAUAACAAAACGUAUUUCACAUGUUUUUAGACCAAAAGUGAUUUUUGAUUCGUAGAGAUUUUCUGACAUACACAUAUAUUCAAAUGGACGGCUUUUACAGCUGUGGAUAAAAACAAAUAUUUCAAAACGGUCUACGAAUUUAAAUCACUUUACCAUUUAUAUUAUGGGCGAAAAAAAACAUUUAAAAAAUAUAAUUAUAAAACUAAUUUCUUAAUUUUGUGGUAAAAAGGCUUCCUUCAAGAUGAUAUUUUACUUGUGAUAAUUAUUGUAAUUUAGAUUGAAUAGUGUGCACUAUACAUACCUACUCCCAUAUUUUCGAUCAUAUAAAUAUUCUUUGACCCUUGUAGUAGUCGUAUACUAUUUGAAAUCUAGUGCAUUAGACGAUAUUAUAUGUUAUUAUGUACCUAUUAGGCUUAAACGAUUUUCAUGGUAAGAUUAUACUUCUAUUUUAUACAUACAUUUAAACAUUUGUAAUGUGACUAUAUUUUAA